GCUUGGGUGGCUGUUCGGAUGGGCUGGCCCAGCUGCAAAAUCGAGUGCGUCGUCGCCGGAGUUCCUCAACCUCUCGUGCCGUCGUGUCUAAAAAAAAAGCUCUCGUGCCGUCGUGAAGCCCUAGGCGCAGGCAUGGAACAUGAAACUGAUGCGAGCCGGCGAAAGCGAAUCCACGCCCAUCGCGGCGGCGAGGGCGCGCAGUAGUCGGCGCUCGGCAGCAUCGGAUCCACCGCCACCGCUGCCUCAGGAAGGCCUCCAGUCGGCCGCCACCGCGCCUCGGAUCCGAUGGACACGGGCGCAGAUCCUCCACGCCACCGCCGGCUCAGGAAGGCCUCCGAUCUCCGCACCGCCCCCGCCUACCCACACCCGAAACGGAUACGCCCGGGCGAGGAGCACAACAGUUGCUGUGAGGACAAGAUCAGCAGCUUACCUGACGAGAUGUUAAUCUUGAUCAUCGACAAGCUAGAUGCACGGACAGCGACAAACACCACUAUCCUUUCGAAGCGAUGGCGGGAUCUCUAUACACACUCACACACAUGUUAUGACCUUACGGUUGAUGACAUUCUCCCUCCACGGUACCACAGACUGAAGCAAAUUGUGGUGGAGGCUGAGGCAGGGUACGAGGCAAAGAAGAAUGCACUGAAGUCGGAUGACAGUGAUGCUUCUAGAGACCAGUUAUAUUCCUUCAAAGACUGGAAGUGGAAAGUCCGUCUGCUAACACCCAUCCUGCAACGUUAUGAGCGUUCGGCCAUGCGACGCUAUGUUAAACGGGUGAAUGCAUUCCUUCUGGCUCCCAACAAUGUUCAGCCACGGUCUAUCCAGAAGCUGAGGCUUCAAGCCUGUGGGACGAGCUAUUUCACUGAUCAAUGGAUUACGCAAGCGAUUGGCAGAUGGGGCGUUGAAGAUUUGGAGCUUGUCAUUGACAACUCUUGCUGGCUCUAUGACUUCCGGCUGUUGGAUGGAUGCAAAAAUGUGCGGCUGAAACGGCUUGUGCUAUCCAAUUGUUAUCAUUUUGUUGCACCCUACUCCUUGACGUUUCAGAGGCUCACAUCACUCACUCUCUGCAAAGAAAGUUCACGUAUGUCACGCGUUGAUGAUAUUCUGAGAAACUGUGUGCAGCUGCUGGAUUUGAGGCUGAAAGAUUUUAGUUGUCGCCAACCUGCUUUUCAUAUCUUUGUUCCUAACUCAAAGUUAAAGAGUCUGCAAUUGGACAGCUACAACACUGUGGGUGCCUACCUGGGUUUGGUGCCUUAUCUUGAAACAUUUGCUUGUGGUGGUCAGCCAACUAUACUACACUAUGGCGUGGUGCCUCGACUUAGGCAUGUGAGUCUGAACUUCUUGCAAACUAGAGAUGACGGCAAGGAUGAUUCCUCCGGUAGCGACAGGACAUAUCAAAUAAGCAAAUUCUUUUUAGGGGAGCCGCCACCGCUAGAGUACCUUGUUCUGCAGUUAAGAGGGCGUCAGAUGUGGAUUGAACUAACCGCCAUUCGCAGCCAGCUUAAUCAUCUCAAGAAACUAUUCAUUGCAAAUGUGCCAAUGAACUGGGAUACAUUCUGGAUUCUCCACCUACUUGCUGCCGCACCUGCCUUGGAGUCGCUCCAUGUUCAUCACCAUCACCUGAAAGAACUCGUGGUCAUCGGCUUCGGCGGGGCGGCCUGGCAGACAGGCUUUGUGAAGCAGAUCAUCCAGGCAUCGCCGAUCCUGGAGCGCGUCCACCUGCUGGACGGGCACGUUGUCGAUGAUGAGGAUCGGGAGCUCGUCGGCCUGGAGAUCGUCCGCCGCCGCCGGGAGUGGCACGAGUGCGAGAGAUUGAAGGUGCUCGACGAACUGACAGACGGGAUCAGUUCGCCGCAUCUCAAAAUAGUUUUGGAAUGACUUUUGGUAAAAGUCCGCUGUGCCGGUAGCCUUCCGUUCUGUAGGGCUUGCAGCUGUAUGCCAGGGCCUAAUGAUUAUGUUAUGCUGGCUCUAAAGAUAUUGAACAACAUGUGUUUGUA